AUGAGGCAUCACACUCGAACAUGGGAUAGGGAUAGUCCAAGAAGACGAGGAAGCUAUUCGGAUGAAGGUUGUGUGGUUAGUUUUACGUCUCGGCUUGUUUGUAUUCUUUGAAUUGUAGAAGUUGGUAUCAUUAGUUUUUACCGGGUGUGAAGCCCUGAAAAUUACAUGCAUGUCAGUGUUUUGCUGUAUGUUUGGAGAAUUUUAAGAGAGUAUAAAAGAUGUUUUCAGAUUAUGAUUUUCUACUUCCCCCAGAUUUCUCUCAGUACCUAUAAAGUGACCUUUCCAAUCCACGUCAUAAGAAAUCGAACGAAAUGGAAAUUUUCCAACUCUUAGCGGUCGGUACACGUGUUUUCGUUGAAAUGUGAAGUCGAUGUCACUGACACCGUCAUUUUUAUCAAUCAAUGAAAAGAGGUCAUUCAUCCCGUCCCGCACUGCCCGGCGGAAGUACGGGUUUCCGUGUUCUUUCCAUCUUUUCCGCCUCCUCUGUUCACUGUGUAUCUCUUUUGAUACUGCCCACACUCCCAUACAGUCAGCGCGUGUGUUGCUCGCCGCUCUUAUUGAUAAGAAGUUUCUUUCUCAUUUCGCUUUUUCUCCUUUUGUACAAAAUUUCAGACCUACCAAACUUCUGACGCGCGACAACGUGCCCUGUGCCUUUUAAUUUAGACAAGACUACGGUUACAGUCGUUUUUCGCCGCUGAAUCUUUUCAGUGCCAUUUUGCGCAUUUUCCAUAUGUUCUCCUUAAAAGACGUAAAAUCGAAAUAAGUCAACUAAACACCAGAUAAAAAUUAUCAAACUCAAAAAGGAAUAGCGCUCACAAAUGCGUGUCACAAACGUGUCAAUCAUUCUUCCAAAAAACUUUCAAACUCUGCAUUUCCCAGUUUGUUUGGACUGAUUCUCGAAUUCUGUUUAUCUUUUACCUAAAAAUAACUUUAAGAAAUUGCUUAAAUCUAUAGUUCCAGAUGAACAGCGGCCAAGGAAAUAUAUUUACUCGAGGACUAUCCCGCAUUUCGCGACGAAAAAAGAAGCAGAAGAGCCUGCAAAGCUCGCUCGUAGCACAGCAACAGCAGUCAUUUGAGGCUCCGCCGAUGCCUAUGCCCAACGAAAAAAUGUAAUUUCUGUAUUUCAAAAUGUAAUUCUUAAAAUGCUUCUAAAUCGGUCAACUUUAGCUUUCUUGUGUUCAAAAAAUGGCAAAUUGACUAAACACUUUUUGAGAGAAAGAAGGUGACCAUAAUGCGAUUCUCCUGUCUUUUAUACUGCGCACUUUCUCUCUCAAUUAGCUACACUUUUCUCUUGACGCCCCACAAAAACAUUAAGUGUCUUCUUUUUCUUCUUCUUUCCCGUUUUCUAUAUUUCAUUCCGUUACGGUUGUGCACGUACGUGAAUGAUCGAGUACGCCCAGUAAGUGCGCUCUACUGAGAAAUCUCAUUAGACAAGCCCCUUGCUGCCCAAGGCACUAGUACUUUUAUUUUCGCAUAAUUCUUUCUGACUCUUUAUAUUAAAUUCUAUCUUUUUCAGUACAAUCUUCUCGAAGGGGAUGGACCGACUUAGAAGAUCGCUAAGGCUGCCCAAGCGGAGAGAUCGGAGUCAUGAUAGGCAUCUCAGUCCAGACGUAAGUGUCAAUCAAUUUUUUGCGAAUUCAUAAAAAAUCAUACAUUUUUGCAGGUGACAGGCGGCUCCAAAACAGAUCAAUGGCAACCGGACGAGGCGGCAGUUCGCACUGGCACAUGUUGCUUUAAUGUAAAAUAUUUGGGCGCAGUGGAAGUUUACGAGUCGCGCGGAAUGCAAGUUUGCGAAAAUGCCCUGAAAUCGUUAAAAGCCGCUCGUCGAAAACCCGUUAAGGCGGUGCUUUAUGUGUCGGGAGAUGGGCUCCGCGUCGUCGACCAAGGAAACAGUCGCGGGCUGCUCGUCGAUCAAACCAUUGAAAAAGUUUCAUUUUGUGCUCCGGACCGGAUGAGCGACAAAGGUUUUGCUUACAUUUGCCGAGACGGAGCCUCCAGACGAUGGAUGUGCCAUGGAUUCCUGGCUACUAAAGAAACUGUAAGUUUUUUUAUCUUCUGCUAGCAAGCGGUGAAUCAUUUGUCUCAAUUCUCAGGGUGAACGACUGUCGCACGCCGUCGGAUGCGCGUUUUCGAUUUGUUUGGAGAAGAAGAAAAAGCGAGAUGAUGAUGCGGCGGUAGGAGGAGAAUCCACGCCAGUUGCCGCCCGAAAAGGCGACGUCUUCAAUCCAAACUGGGAUGAAGCGCGUCCAGAGCCAAGCUCUUCAUCGUCGUCAUUACAACGUGCCAAUCUGGCUUACCAAUCAUUCCGAAAACAUGUUUCCAUCGAAGAUCGCUACUUGGACCCGCAAUCCGUAAUAAUCAAUGAGGUUCCCGCUUCCAAUCACAACGAUGAGAUCAAACAAAUUGCCAAGCCGAGGCCCACCUCCAAUCCAGCGCUUUUCCAGCGUCAGGUAAGAAGGCUGGAGCUUUUUGAGCGGGAAAUCAUCUUUAAUACAGGGAUCGCUACGUGCGCCGGACAUGCCGUCAUCAUCAGAUCAAUUCAAGCGGAAUCUAUCUCUCCGCACUGAAAAAAGCGGCACUUUUGGCGGAAAAAAGGAAAAGAAGGUUAGUGUUUCACACUGAAUUCACUCAAAAACCGGGCCAGAAUUAUCAUAAUCCUAUUGACUUUAAAAUAAUAAUAAUAAAUCGACUUGCCAAAACUGAGAGCUCUUAUUAUUUUGUCGAAAAAUGGUUCUUGACACCGAAUACGUGCGAGCCGUCGUUCACAACGUCGGUCAUCGUGCUCGUCGUGGAGUCGCUUCAAAAGUGCAGGCAAUCAAGCUCGCUCACUCGCGAGCCCGACUCCGUUCCUACACUCAAGCCUGUGAAAAGGCCGCCUAUAUUGACGGACGAUGCGAGUUUUACCCGAGUCUAGCAAUUCGCUGCGACGUAGAAAAGCCAGUUGACGCUGAAAGUUUAGCAAAGCUGAAACGGUUAAUGUGGCAAGACUUUCGGGAUGCAGGGAUUGAUGUUAACACCAGCUCCCCGGGUUAUGGUUAUCGAAUAGAUCCCCACGACGUGUUAAUAAGUCCUUUGCCUGAUAAUAUUGCUUCAAGAAGAAGUAGUUGCCCGGUACUUCAAAUUUAAUCUCAAAAAUUUAUAAAAUUCGGAUUUUCAGUCAUUUGGCACAACUCUCUACAGUGAGCCGAUCGACGAAGAAGGAGACGAAGAUCCUCUUGGAUUAGGAAUUAUUACCAUCAAACCCGUUGCGUCUGCUGCUCCAGCUCCAGGCCCUCUUAUUAGCAAUGGACUCGACGGAAUUGAUCUGAACUGGAAGACUGUUCCUGCGCCAAUCGUCGGCUUCAAUGCCAACGGAGACUUUGCCAACUGGCCAACUCAAACGGUACAAACUGUGCAAUCACCCCUGGACAAACUGCAACGACAAUUCGAAGACAUCAAGCUCAACAGUGGUUCGAAUUCGGGGGAAGCAACACCCACAGCCAACCACACCGGAUUUUCGCUCGCCUCGCCGGUUUCUGCACGAUCUAAGGCAGACGAAUGGCUCGAUGACGUGCUGAGAGUGUCAAUGAGCAUGUCGCCGACCUCCUCUAUUUCCCAAGGACCCAGCACAUCUUCGUCGUCGUAUUCAGUGCUUCCGAAGUCCGGCCCACCACCAGCUCAUGCUCCGCCGCCUCUUCCGACUCGACAAGCAGUUUCCAAUGGCAGCCCGUCUAUUUAUCAGAGUCAAAGUGUAAGUUUAAAAGAAAAUUAUGCAUUUUUUUAAAAAUAUUUUUAGGCAAGAGAUUCACCGGCCGGAGUCAACUGGAAUUCCUCACCCAACCCGCUUCAGAUGGCUCAAAUUCCGGCCAAACCGGCUGACCCGUUCGAUGUGCAGUGGAGCAGACUAACUGUGAACAACACGAACGCCUAG